ACGCUUCUUCACCAACUCCUCCGCGUCCGUCCCACGUCGCUUGCGUCCCUUCUCUGACUCAUGGGCCACUCGGCGUCCCGCCCCAAUGCCGGCGGCGACGAGCCGCUGCCCUCGCGCUUCACGCGCUUCCGCCGCCACCUCCGCCUCCACCACCACCACCGCCACCGCCACCGCAACGGGUCCGCCUCAGGUCAAGACUCGGCGUCGGGGAAGGCCGUCGCCGCCGACGAUUUCGCCGGCAUCGCGCGCAUCCGGAUAGUCAAGGCGGAUAUGCAGUUCAAGGACAAGUUCUUCGCGUGCCUGUCUCUUGGGGAGCGCACGUACCGUACUGACAAGUCCGACAAUACUCACAGGCCUGUGUGGAACUCAGAAAAGAAAGUUAUAGUAGAAACCAAUGGACCUCAUAUUGCACGUAUCUCCAUUUUUGAGACUAACCGGUUUUCCAAGAGUACUUUGGUUGGUUACUGUGAAGUUGAUCUCUUUGAAAUGCUUACUAAGGACUUGGAGGAACACUCUGAGGACCUUUCUCUGUUGGACCCAUCAUCACCCAAUACUACAGUGGGUAGCAUAUCCAUCUCCUGUCACAUCGAAGAUCCUGUUGAAACAGAACAAAGCUUUGCCCGUCGUGUCUUAGCUAUAGUGGACUACAAUGAAGAUGGAACACUUUCCUUAUCCGAAUUCUCAGACUUAAUGAAAGCUUUUGGUAAUAAAUUAGCAGUUACAAAGAUUGAAGAGCUUUUCCGCCAAGCGGAUACAAAUGGUGAUGGCACGGUUGACAUAGAUGAACUGGCAGCACUACUAGCUGAUCAACAAGAGAAAGAACCACUUAUAAGUAACUGCCCUGUCUGCGGUGAAGUUCUUGGAAAAUAUGAUAAAAUAAAUGAUAUGAUACAUAUGACACUUUGCUUUGAUGAGGGAACUGGUAAUCAGAUUAUGACUGGUGGAUUUCUAACCGAUAAGCAGGCUUCAUAUGGGUGGAUGUUCGAGCUGAGUGAAUGGGCGCAUUUUUCGACGUAUGAUGUUGGUUUGCACUCUGGCUCUGCAGCUUCACAUAUUCUGGUUUUCGACCGGCGAACAAAGAGGAUAGUUGAAGAACUUAUUGACAGAAAAAUUGUGUUGUCCAUGAGGGCUUUAUACCAAUCAAAAGUAGGGCUCACUCUUAUCAAUACAGGUGUUAAAGAUCUCUUGAAGAAUCUAUCUGAGAAGCAAGGAAAAAAGAUGAACUCGCUGGAAUCUGCCAAAGAUAUUCCCAAGUUCCUUGAGUUAUUUAAGGAUCAAAUUAAUAUGGAUGAGGUCAAGGACCCUAUCGAAAGUUUUAAGACUUUUAAUGAAUUUUUCAUUAGAGGACUGAAGCCUGGUGCCAGACUAAUUACACACUAUGAUAAGGGCAGUAUUGCUACCUGUGCUGCUGAUAGCCGUUUAAUGGCUUUCAGUUCUGUUGAUGAGAGCACAAGACUUUGGAUCAAGGGCCGCAAAUUUUCAAUUGAGGGUCUCCUUGGGACGGGUGUGUGCUCAGAUGCUUUAAGCAAUGGAUCAUUAGUAAUUUUCCGGCUUGCACCUCAGGAUUAUCAUAGGUUUCAUGUACCCGUCUCAGGGACUGUGGAGAAAUUUGUGGAAGUUCCUGGGUACCUGUACACGGUCAAUCCCAUCGCUGUGAAUAGCAAGUACUGUAAUGUAUUUACAGAGAACAAAAGAGUUGUCUCAAUAAUAUCAACUUCCGAGUUUGGAAAGGUAGCAUUUGUUGCCAUUGGAGCAACCAUGGUAGGAAGCAUCACAUUCUUGAAAAAUGAGGGUGACUACGUCCACAAAGGAGACGAGUUUGGGUAUUUCUCAUUUGGAGGGAGCACGGUAAUAUGCGUCUUCGAAAAGGAUGCGAUAGAAUUCGAUGCUGAUCUUCUGGCCAACAGUGGAAGGUCACUCGAAACCCUUGUUUCUGUUGGCAUGACUUUGGGCGUCUCCAAAAGAAACCAGAAAUGUUCGAAUGAGUGACGGAGGUUAGGAGAUGUGCCAUGGUACAAAGCUACAAAAUGCGUAUAGAUUAACAGUAGGGUGUAUUUGCAGCUAGCAACUGCCAUUUUUAUUUUUAUUUUUACUUUUACUUUUUAUUUUUUGUGAGAUCCAUGGUUUUGUUAAUUCCAUAUUUUCUUAGUAGUAAAAGGCUGGGCUCUUUAUUCA